GAGAAAAAUCGAAUUUUGAACCCGAUGAAGCGGUCAAGAAAAUUUUAGGCCCUCUGUUUGAUGAAUGGGCCUGCGCUUUGAAAGGGGAAAUCGCUCGAGUUAUGAUAAGAAUAAAUCUGUUGAAAUUCGAUGCGAAGCAAAACAUUGAUAGAAUUUUGAAUUCCAUGAAGAAAGCAGCACAUUCAGCUUUUGAGAAUAUCCGAUCAAAGUAUUGGGAAGACAUAAACAAUAUUAACGAGGCUUGCAAUUUCUUGAGCAGAGCAAUCGAGAUGGAAUGUGCCAUUCAGGAAGAAUUGAUAUUCUCAGGCAGUCAUUUCCAUGUGAAUGCAAAUGUAAUAUAUUUUCCUGAUCCACCUCCAACUCAGAAACUCGGAGCUGAGACUGAACGAGAUCUAAGUUUUACUAUAUCCCAGUUAGAAACUUUGACAGAUAUAUUGUUUGAUUUGGCACCUAGCGGAUACAUCCCUGAACGGUCUUUUAUAUACUUACUUCAAGACAUGAUUGCCGAUGAAGAGAAAUCAAUGGCUCCGAAGGCGUGGAAGAAGUUAUCGACGAAGAAAAUGGAACAACUUUCUGAGGAGAUAUUUGGAAACAAUCAAUCGAUCCAAUGGAGACAAUUCAUUUUAUAUAAUUUGAUGAUCCCGUUUCCAAGUGUCGAGGAACUGUUGAACUUGAGGAAACAUCUCACAGAGCACGACAUUAACUUCACCGAAGUAAUCAGCGAGGAACAAUUUGAAGAGAUAACUUUAUGGUUCGAGACAUCGGGUGAUGUACAACAACAGGUCGUUAGAAACUUAUUGCUUAAAUUGUACAAAAUCAGUUAUGAGAACUUCAACUAUACAGCCAUGCUUUUUGACUUUUGCAAGGGUUCCAGCACUCCGGAAGGUUUCGCAAAAGCUUUAGCACUUUCGUCAGGAAAGGCGUUAUGUUGGGAUGAAAGAGUAGGAGAAAUGUUUGUUAAAGAUAUUUUAGAGAAAAGAAGGAUUCACGAGGAAGAGGUAACAAUCCGGAAUGAGGAAAGAAAACAGGCUGAAGAUUUUGUAAAAAUAAUCAUAGAUGAAAGCAUAGGUGAAACAGUACAUAAAUGUGAGAGCAUUAUUAUUGAAGAAGUAAGACACGAAACAAACUCUUUCCGAAAAAUACGAACAAACGAAAAAGUUCGUGUUAAAAUUGUUAGCGAAUCCGAAGGAACUGAUGAAAACCCUGAUGAGUUAAACCAUGAUAAAUUUGAAGAAAGUGAUAAUAAUGAUCAUGGUGAAAAAUCUGAUCUUGGUGGUGAUCUUGAAGAAGAAAGUAAAGGAAAUUUCUCAAACGAAAGUGGCAAACUGGAAUCAAAUGACGACAAAAAUUUUUUCAACAUAGAAAUAGGAUUUGAAUGUAAUCCCAAUCCUAAUUUGCAAUAUUUCAUUGAACUUGAGACUGUUCUAUCGGUAUUAUCAAUAGUCCUCUCUUGGAGUUUUAAUGUUCAAAACAUAGAAGAUAAAAGUUUUUGCGAACUCUUACAAGAAAUUUAUGAUGAAUGUAAAAAUCCACAGUUCAAUGAUGAGGUGUUAUCUCAUGAAUUUUUGAAUAAUCCAAAAUUUUUGAAACUUCUCAGUAAUACUACAAUUUUUUUGGUGAAAAAUCCUUCCGAAAUUGUGAAAGAGCUCCUAGAUGAAUAGAAUAAAAACUAAAACAAACUUC